UAAUCAGAGUAUGGGAUGAGACGUGGUGUCACAGAUUUGCUGAGAGGUGCUUUAGCCUCAGCAGCAGGCAUCGUGUAUCUGAUUCCAACAUGGCUGCGUAACCAAGUACAGAACAUGUCAUACUGUUCAGUUGUUAGAGCAUCAAAUAAUUCAAGAAAAGAGCAAAGGUGGAUCACCACUACAGAAAUGACCACUGUCUACAUGUAUUUAGUGAUAUUUGUACCAGGAAUGUUUGGCGUAACCCCCUGUGGUCCGGGGUUGUAUGGAGAGCAUUGUGACAAGCAUUGCAAUGUCAACUGUCGCGCCCAUGUCGACAAACAAAGGUAUUGCGAUAAAGACACUGGAGACUGCUCACUCGGCUGUGUCCCUGAACGGUGGGGCAGCCAAUGCGAAUUACAUUGUAGCAAGAAUUGCGUGGAACGUGUAUGUGUUCAACAAACUGGGCAGUGCUCGAAAGGUUGCACAGAAAACUACAGAGGACAUCUUUGUGAAGAAUAUAUAGAGACAAGACCCCAACCACUAACAACAGUCCCACCGAGAAAUGAUCCACCAGAAGAGACUCAUUCGUACCAGGUUCUAAUCGCCGUCGCCGUCGCCGUCUCCGUCGUCAGCGCUGCCGCAGCCUUUGUUGUGUACGUUUACAAAUUUCGGCAUCGAGAAAGUGGAACAUCUACCACUGAACUCCAUGGUGCUGAUGUCGUGGAGACCCUGAGACUUAAACUCAUAUGUGCCGCUGAUUCACAUGACGAGAAGACCAAGAGUUUUGAGCCUAAGUUCACGUGAACUGUUUUCUCAGCACUACUAUUUGCUUGUUAAUUUGGAUUGAUAUUUUCUAGGUGUUGCUUAUUACGUUAAUCAACAAAUUGUGAUGAAGGUUCCCUUUUGCGUUUUGUUCCUGUUAUAUGAGAGCAGACAGUAACAAUCAAGUUGACUUGCAUAGGUAAAUACGAAAAAACUACAACAUACAUACCCAACGACUCAUUUAUCGAACAGUGUGUCGCAAAUUGUACCAACCUUCAUUCCAAUAUGAGUGUAAGCUGCUGAAUUGAAGACGCAACUGACGAAAUAAAAAUACCCCAAAUAACACUUAUAUUGGAAUUUAAA